GGACCGAGCCAGGGACCCGAAGCCCUCGUCCAUGGCCGGGUCUCCCCGCCGCGCCGCGGGCCGGCGACUGCAGCUGCCCCUGCUGUGCCUCCUCCUCCAGGGCGCCACCGCCAUCCUCUUUGCGGUCUUUGUCCGCUACGACUCCGAAACCGACGCCGCCCUCUGGCACUGGGGCAACCGCAGUAGCUCCGACAAUGAAUUUUACUUUCGCUACCCAAGUUUCCAGGACGUGCACGUCAUGGUGUUCGUGGGCUUCGGCUUCCUCAUGGCCUUCCUGCAGCGCUACGGCUUCGGCAGCGUCGGCUUCAGCCUCCUCGUGGCCGCCUUUGCCCUGCAGUGGUCCACGCUCGCCCAGGGCUUCCUCCAAUCCUCGCGCGGCGGCCGCAUCCACGUGGGCGUGCAGAGCAUGAUCAACGCGGACUUCUGCGCGGCUGCGGUGCUCGUCUCCUUCGGGGCCGUGCUGGGCAAGACCGGGCCGGCCCAGCUGCUGCUCGUGGCCCUGCUGGAAGUGCUGCUGUUCGGCCUCAAUGAGUUUGUGCUCCUGAAUCUCCUGGGGGUGGAGGAUGCAGGGGGGUCCAUGACCAUCCACACGUUUGGGGCCUACUUCGGGCUCGUCCUGUCCCGGGUCCUCUACAGGCCCCAGCUGGGGAAGAGCAAGCAUCGCCAGGCCUCCGUCUACCACUCCGACCUCUUUGCCAUGAUCGGGACCAUCUUCCUGUGGACCUUCUGGCCCAGCUUCAACUCUGCACCCACCAUGCUGGGGGACGGGCAGCACCGAACAACCCUCAACACGUACUACUCCCUGACCGCGAGCACCCUCAGCACCUUCGCCCUGUCAGCCCUCGUCGGGGAGCAGGGCCGGCUGGACAUGGUCCACAUCCAGAACGCGGCGCUGGCCGGAGGGGUCAUAGUGGGGACAUCAGGUGAAAUGAUGCUGACGCCCUUCGGGGCCCUGGCAGCCGGCUUCCUGGCUGGGACAGUCUCCACGCUGGGGUACAAGUUCUUCACGCCCGUCCUUGAGGCAAAAUUCAAAGUCCAAGACACGUGUGGUGUCCACAACCUCCACGGGAUGCCCGGGGUCCUGGGAGCCCUCCUGGGGGCCCUUGUGGCUGGGCUGGCCACCCACGAGGCUUACGGAGAUGGCCUAGGCAGUGUGUUUCCACUCGUAGCCGAGGGCCAGCGCUCCGCCACCUCUCAGGCCCUGUACCAGCUCUUCGGGCUGCUUGUCACACUGCUGUUUGCCUCUGUGGGCGGGGGCCUCGGAGGGCUCCUGCUGAGGCUGUCCUUCCUGGGCCCGCCUCCAGACUCCCAGUGCUUCGAGGACCAGGUUUACUGGGAGGUGAGCGCCCCGGUGACCAUCUCAUCCCCGAACCCCUUCCUACGCCCCACCUGCCUUUCCUUCCUCACCUGCUCUUCUCUGUGGGGACGCACCCCCUUCCAGGUGCCUGGGGAGCUUGAGGACAAAGCCCAGGUGUGUCUGAGGGCCGAGGAGACAGACUCCGGGGCCUAACUUGCUUCCAGCCCAUGAGAGGACACCCUCCUUCUAGGAGAAGGGGACCACGGGGAAGGACCCCAGCCCUCCUGCUGCAGGGACGACGGCGGCACUGGGGGCAGGGCAGUGGAAGGUGGGGGAAUGGGGGAGACCCCUUGGCACGCCCACCCCACCCCGCGGCCUGUGAGCAAGGUGCCCAAGCAACGGCCGAUCCACUGUCCAAGGUCGCACAGUCACCGGGAGGUGUGUGCCGGGUCAGCUGAGCGGGUGAUAAAAACCACCGGCACCAAG